AUGCCUGAGCCUAGCGCUACCUAUGGUACGACAUCCGACAAGCUGCCGAUGGCCUCUGAUCUGGACUCGACGUUGACGAAUGGCUUCAUAUAUGAUGCCGCUCUAUUCGAAGACAACUUUGGCACCAACCUUGCAGUCCUUGGCCGUGCUGAUCAACAUCAAGGACAAAAUCCUAUGCCCACCUUUUUAUCAAGUGAUUGGAUCGUAGAUGAUGGCUCGGCUGACUGGAACUUUCCGUUCUCCUUCGACUUUGAUGAACAUGGAUAUACGGGGACUCCGUGGACAGAUCCAAAUGUGACUCGGCCCUCCGCUGAAGAAGGCGUUGACGAGCAGGUGCCAUUGCGUCAACACCAUUCGGAAGCACUCCAACCAUGUUCGUCUCCCGGUACAGCAACCUCGAAAGUCUCACCACAACACUUGAUCUACUCGACACUGGUCGAAGACGAAGAGACGAAGGACAACCUGGAGACUCAGACAGAGCGUCCUGGGUCCGAACUGCCUAGCUCUGGCUCGAAUUUCGCCAAACCCAACACUCAAUCCCCAUCAACACAACAUCAGAACCAAGAUACAAACCACACGUACGCCGCCUAUCACCUUUGUUAUGCUGCCACUGACCACUCAAAGAACACCAUCUCGCAGACGCCAGAGGCUACACUCAUGUCCAUCCUGCGCAAAGUCCUUCUACUUCCCCAAGGAUCUUCGCCGCCAUCGACGCACGACUCAUACCUCGGAGCGGCCAAUAAGAUAAUGACACAAGCCUUUCCGAACGUGGAGCAGGAGUUCGAACAAUGGCUACAAAGGUUCCAGAACGAUGGGAGAUUGUUGAGCACAACCGACAAUGACAACGAUGAUCUACUCAGCGCGAACCCUCUGGAUCAACAGGCCCCUCUUCAGCAUGAAAACUUCGCUCCUGUGGCCAUCUGGAACCCUGUUAACGCCUCCUGGGCAACUACGAAUUGGCCAUUCAACGACGCUUCCGCGGACUCUGUCGCCAACUCAAUUCAUAACAGCAGUACCGCAGUCAAUGGAGAACAAGUCUUCGACCAACAGUUUCAUCAAAUCGAAGACCUUUUCGAUCUUACCGAACAAGACAUCGCUGAUCUUUUGACUCCUUUCGAUCAAGUCAACCGGGCGACUCCUUCCUCAAGCCGGGACACAAACGGUCUCGACAAUGUAGCUUCUUCUACUGGAGACAUGGUGGAUUCUUUUCGAAAUGUCCAUCAAUAUUCUCCGAAGAAUGCGCACGCCACGCUUGGCCCGGACAACGCCCAAAGAUCCCACGAUCCUCUUCAAUCCAGUCCACCACAAACAUCCGCCACUCAGUACGUCCCUCUCACCCACACCAUUGUCUAA